AUACUAGUUAAAAAUUAAUACAAAAAUAAUCAAUAUCAAUUACGGUUUAAAUUAAAUCAUAAUAUAAGAAAAUCAGCGUAUAAAGAUAAUUACAUUAGGAUUCUAAUUCUUUCAAUAACGAUUUCUUUAGUUUUAAUGCACCGCCUACAAUAUUUUCUGCUUUGCCCUAAGGUAAGACUGGGUAGAGAAAGCCUCAUAGCACUAAGUUCGCCUUUUGUACAUUCAGUUUUUCUUUUGUGCAAUAAAGUUUAAAUAAAUAUAUUAUAACAAGUUUAUGAAAUAGCAUUAUGGCAAGUGUAAGAUAGUUUUUUUAUAAUUAUAUUAAUCAUUAUACACCCAUAACCGCACAAGUUUGAUAAUAAAAAUAAAUAAAGCGGCUUUAAUAUAUUAUGAGCCUAAUAACAGCUCAAUAAGUUGCACAUUACGACCAAAUGGGUUGAAUAAAUAAUUAUAGGUAUGAGCUAUUAGUUGCUUAAACCGACGAUUCUAAUUCUCAGGCACCUAUGGCUCCAACACUAGAUAGGCUGAAUUAUCGUUUUUCUUGUGCUCGAUAAGAGAUUGGAAUGACACGUUUUUUGUCGUUUACAAACACCAUUCGAUAUCGACAUAUCUAUGAUGAAGUACGUUAUUGCUAUUAUUGUUUGCAUAGGUGCAGUGACUUGUAUAGAUCCGCUGGUUUUGACUAAAAACGGUCUAGUCCGAGGUGUGGAAUCGGAAGAUAGUAAGAUAGAUAGUUUCUUGGGAAUACCAUAUGCUAAAGUGGAUGUACAGAAUCCUUUUUCGGCCACGCUAAACGUAGAAAUAUUUGAAGGUAUUUAUAACGCAACAGAUGAUUCAGUGAUAUGCCCUCAAAAAGAUGAUCUAGAACAAACUAUAGUAGGCACACUGGACUGCUUGCGAAUAAACGUAUAUGUCCCACAAGGUGCUAGCUCAACUAAUCUAUUUCCAGUUAUGGUUUGGAUCCACGGAGGCGGCUUUAGGAGAUGGAACUCAAAUAGAAGCACAUACGGUCCUGAUUUUCUCGUCACAAAAGGCGUAAUUUUAGUCACCUUUAACUACAGACUUGGUCCAUAUGGCUUUAUGUCACUCAAUAGAUCAAAUAUACCAGGUAACGCAGGAUUGCGAGAUCAAUUAAAGGCACUGGAAUGGAUCAAAGAAAACAUUGCAGCAUUUAAUGGAGAUAAAAAUAAUAUAACUCUGUUUGGUGAAAGCGCCGGAGCUGCUUCUGUGGAAUUCCACAUAUUAUCAGGACAUUCUAAAGGCUUAUUCCAUAAGGCUAUUAUGCAAAGUGGGACGGUUCUUUGUGAUUGGGUAAUGAAUGAUCCAGAUACUCAAGCGCCUAUAAAGUUAGCUAAAUAUUUGGGACUAAAUACCGAGGAUAUUGACAACGCUCUAAAGUACAUAUCUAAGUUUGAUCCUCACGACGUUAAUAAAGCCACUAUUGACAUAGGUUACGAAGAAUCUUUCAAACCCAUCGUCGAAUAUGAAUUCGAAAAUGUAUACACUAUGAUAAACGAUAAGCCAAGCAAUCUUUUAAAAAAGAUGUUUAUAUCAAUACCUAUAAUUAUAGGAUUUAAUAGCAAAGAACAGCAACGAAAUAUAAAUUACUACUUACAAUCUCCUGAUUAUAUAGAGUCGGCAAAGAAAACUUUCAAAGCAAAGAUUGAUAAUUAUUUCCAACUCGGCGAGGACGAGUUGGAGACAGCUGAGAAAUUAGUCAGAUAUUUUUAUAUAGGCAGUGAGGAUAUGAAAACUACUGUUAAUGCAAUGAUAGAGUUUGAUUCCGACUUUACGUUUGUAUAUCCCAGUUUAAGGCACAGCAGAUAUUACACGCAAGUUAAUUCUGCUCCAGUGUUUUUGUAUAUGUUUGAUUAUGCUGGGCAAAGAAACUACAUGAAAAAUAGAAUGAAUUUGACCAUGGAACCUGGUGCUAUGCACGCGGAUGAAAUUGGAUAUCUAUUCGAUCAGUCGUUUUAUACUCAACCUGAUUCAGUCAUGGACAGAAUUAUUAUAGAACGAAUGACAUCAAUGUGGACCGACUUCGCUAAAACUAGCAACCCCACACCGACAGCCACAAAAGUUCCCUUUUCAUGGCACCCUUCAGCUACUGAACCCAAAUUCGACUACGCUGUUCUAAGCGAUCGCGUACAGAUGGCUCAGCAUCCGUUUUAUCAGAGGAUGGCUUUCUGGGAUACCUUUUUUGUCACCUAUGGGAAAAAAACAAGGUGGUAACUACUAGUAACCCUCAAAACGAUGACGAUGAUAACCGCGGUUAAACGUAACACCCAUGGUUGUAGUUUGAAGGCGAUAGUAGGUAUAAUUAUGCAUUUUUGCAAAGGCAGCCGGCGACAGUAGGUGGGUAUCGUAUGUAUAAAAUAUAUAGAAAAAGUGUCAGUUAAGCUGCCGCUGAAAAUGAUGGCCUUCGUGGUUGCAUCGCUUUGUCCCUUCCAUAGGUGAUGUUCCUAUGGCAAAUGCAGCUGCAUCACUGUGGCGACAUUACUGCUGCGGACUUGACGUGGGCGCAGUCACUCUCAAUUUCCUUGAUAAAAUGAGUAAUGUCGCAACAAUAAUCCAGCAGUUUGGUUUGUACACUUUGUAACGAUAUGGCAUUAUGACUAAAAAGUUUAAAGUUUUACUAAAAUAUAAAUCAUUCAACGUUUCUGUAUCUAACUUGUUCAGUUUCUUUAAAUGAACGUAAAAUCUCCUCUUUUUUUCCCCCUUAUCCUCUUGGAUUGAACGUGGGUCAUUAUUUUGAAAAGGUGUGAGCAUUUGGUCUCCGUAUUUUGAUUCCGUUUUCGACCGAUAACUCUCAAGUUUUGGCACCGGAAAGAGACCGUAGAGUUUAUCUUUACGUUUGACGUGUUAAGUGAUGCCACCCGCACUCAUAAAAGAGCCCGUGGUACCUACAUGACGACAUCACUUCUACAAAACACAUACUCGGAUGCCAAAUCGCAAACAGGUGGCAACGCGUAGAGUGGCUCCGAAAAGAGUCUGUGUGUCCCAUCGCAAGAAAUGGAGCCAGGUGCCGGGUUUCUUGGUAUCCUUUUAGCACUACUAAUAGUCUAGCCUAUACCUGUGCGUCGGCUUAAGGAAGUCUUAAAGUAACGUUGAAUUGGAUUUUGUUUCAGUUUACCGGUCUUAAUAAAUUAUUUCCGAUUCGCAAACUCGUCUCAAACGAUAAAAAUCACAUUGUUCACGAAGCAACUGUCAUGAAAAUUAAAAUACUGCGAUCAAGUAUUGAGUGAUAAUUCAGUUAUAUACAAAAACUCUACGAAGUCUACGAAGGAAAAUACUUUAAAAAUCAGCAAAAUUUUCAUAAACAACUUAAGAGAAGAAAAAAAAAACAUAUUUACCCUCGCUUUUCUUAAAAAAAAAAUAAGGAUAGAAGUACUCCAAUUUUUGUUCGAGGCUUGGCGUUUAAUCAUGAAAUUGACAUCCCUCGGUAAAUGGAAUUUCUUAAAAUAAUCCGACUCAGGCAACAGGUGCUACGUGAUAAUGACUAAACAGCAUUUGAAUUUGUGAUGACGGUACUCAACGAUAGGGGAGAAGAACGCUAAGGCCCAGAUUAAACAAUAUUGCGAGAUUCAAUAAAGAUACGCCAGUUUUAAACAGGUAAGAGUUCGUUCAGACUAGUAGUAGAUAAUGAGUACCUACAUUAAGUGUUCAUUUUGGCAUUCCCGCCCUUGUUUACCAGAACUGGU